UGAGCCUGCAGAGCGCGCAGUAUCUCCGAGUGUCUUAGACCAUUCUACCUUGUGAAAACUUGGAUGUUCUUACAGAUAGUCAUUGUGGGAGAACGUUUCAUUUAAGUCCCAGAUGAGGACCGAAAACUUGAAAUCAGAGGAGCAUCUGAAAUCAAGUAAUAUUAGGCAGGCAGAAGUCCUGAAGGCUGAAAUGACAGAUUCUAAGCUGGGUCCAGCUGAGGUCUGGACAUCCAGGCAAGCUCUGCAGGACUUGUACCAGAAAAUGCUAGUUACUGAUCUGGAAUAUGCUUUAGACAAGAAAGUAGAACAGGAUCUCUGGAAUCAUGCCUUUAAGAAUCAGAUCACAACACUUCAAGGCCAAGCCAAGAAUCGAGCAAACCCAAAUCGGAGUGAAGUCCAGGCAAACCUUUCUCUGUUCCUAGAGGCAGCUAGUGGCUUCUAUACUCAGUUGUUACAGGAACUGUGUACAGUGUUUAAUGUAGAUUUGCCAUGCCGUGUGAAGUCUUCCCAGUUGGGAAUUAUUAGCAAUAAACAGACGCACAGCAGCGCCAUAGUGAAGCCACAGUCUAGCUCCUGCUCCUACAUUUGCCAACACUGCCUCGUCCACCUUGGAGACAUUGCUCGAUACAGAAACCAGACUAGCCAGGCAGAGUCCUAUUAUAGGCAUGCAGCUCAGCUUGUCCCCUCCAAUGGUCAGCCUUACAAUCAGUUGGCUAUCUUAGCUUCUUCCAAAGGAGACCAUCUGACCACGAUUUUCUACUACUGCAGAAGCAUUGCUGUGAAAUUCCCUUUCCCAGCUGCCUCCACUAAUCUACAAAAAGCACUUUCUAAAGCACUGGAAAGCCGGGAUGAGUUGAAAACCAAGUGGGGUGUUUCUGACUUCAUCAAGGCCUUUAUUAAAUUCCAUGGUCAUGUAUACCUGAGUAAGAGUUUGGAAAAGCUGAGCCCUCUUCGAGAGAAGUUGGAAGAACAAUUUAAGAGACUGCUGUUCCAAAAAGCUUUCAACUCUCAACAGUUAGUUCAUGUCACUGUCAUUAACCUGUUUCAACUUCAUCAUCUUCGUGACUUUAGCAAUGAAACAGAACAACACAGUUACAGCCAAGAUGAACAGCUGUGUUGGACACAGUUGCUGGCCCUCUUUAUGUCUUUCCUUGGCAUCCUGUGCAAAUGUCCUCUCCAGAAUGAUUCUCAGGAGUCCAACAAUGCCUACCCCCUUCCUGCAGUCAAGGUCUCCAUGGACUGGCUAAGACUCCGACCUAGAGUCUUUCAAGAAGCAGUGGUGGAUGAAAGACAGUACAUUUGGCCCUGGCUAAUUUCUCUUCUAAAUAGUUUCCAUCCCCGUGAAGAUGAUCUCUCAAAUACUAAUGCCACACCACUUCCAGAGGAGUUUGAAUUACAAGGAUUCUUGGCUUUAAGACCUUCUUUCAGGAACUUGGAUUUUUCCAAAGGCCAUCAGGGUAUUACAGGAGACAAAGAGGGUCAACAACGACGAAUACGACAGCAGCGUUUGAUCUCCAUAGGGAAAUGGAUUGCUGAUAACCAGCCACGGCUGAUUCAGUGUGAAAAUGAGGUAGGAAAAUUGUUAUUUAUCACAGAAAUCCCAGAAUUAAUACUAGAAGACCCCAGUGAAGCCAAAGAGAACCUCAUCCUACAAGAAACAUCUGUGAUAGAGUCACUAGCUACGGAUGGGAGCCCAGGACUGAAAUCAGUGCUGUCUACAGGCCGAAAUCCAAGCAACAGCUGUGACUCAGGAGAGAAGCCAGUGGUCACCUUUAAAGAGAACAUCAAGCCACGAGAAGUGAACAGAGACCAAGGAAGAAGCUUUCCUCCCAAAGAGGUGAGAAGGGACUAUAGCAAAGGAGUAACUGUAACUCAGGAUGACGGACAGAAGGACAGCAGCAAGAGGAGAGCUGAGACCAAGAGAUGCACCUUAGGAAAGUUGCAGGAAACAGGAAAGCAGAGUGUGGCAGUGCAGGUAAAAUCCCAGACAGAACUAAGAAAGACUCCAGUAUCUGAAGCCAGGAAAACUCCUGUCACUCAAACUCCAAGUCAAACGAAUAAUUCUCAGUUCAUCCCCAUUCAUCACCCUGGAGCCUUCCCUCCUCUUCCUAGCCGACCAGGGUUCCCGCCCCCAACAUAUGUUAUCCCCCCUCCUGUGGCAUUUUCUAUGGGCUCAGGUUACACCUUCCCAGCUGGUGUUUCUGUCCCCGGAACCUUUCUUCAGUCUACAGCUCACUCUCCAGCAGGAAACCAGGUGCAAGCUGGGAAACAGUCCCACAUUCCUUACAGCCAGCAACGGCCCUCUGGACCAGGGCCAAUGAACCAGGGACCUCAACAGUCACAGCCACCUUCCCAGCCACCCCUUACAUCUUUACCAGCUCAGCCAACAGCACAGUCUACAAGCCAAUUGCAGGUUCAAGCUCUAGCUCAGCAACAGCAAUCCCCUACAAAAGUCAUACCAGCUUUGGGGAAAAGCCCGCCUCACCACUCUGGAUUCCAGCAGUAUCAACAGGCAGAUGCCUCCAAACAGCUGUGGAAUCCCCCUCAGGUUCAAAGCCCACUAGGGAAAAUUAUGCCUGUGAAACAGCCCUACUACCUUCAGACCCAAGACCCUAUAAAACUGUUUGAGCCGUCAUUGCAACCUCCUGUAAUACAGCAGCAGCCUCUAGAGAAAAAAAUGAAGCCUUUCCCCAUGGAGCCAUAUAACCACAAUCCCUCAGAAGUCAAGGUCCCAGGGUUCUACUGGGAUUCUUCCUACAGCAUGGCUGAUAACAGAGCAGUAAUGGCUCAGCAACCAAAUACGGACCGCAGGAGCAAACGGUCACCUGGAGUCUUCCGUCCAGAACAGGAUCCUGUGCCCAGGAUGCCAUUCGAGGACCCCAAGAGCUCCCCUCUGCUUCCUCCGGACCUGUUAAAGAGUCUGGCUGCCUUGGAGGAAGAGGAAGAGCUGAUCUUUUCUAACCCUCCUGAUCUUUACCCAGCUCUGCUGGGUCCUCUCGCCUCUCUUCCUGGACGAAGCCUCUUUAAAUCCUUAUUGGAGAAGCCUUCUGAGCUCAUGUCACAUUCAUCUUCUUUCCUGUCCCUCACUGGGUUCUCUGUCAAUCAGGAAAGAUAUCCAAACAGCAGUAUGUUCAAUGAAGUGUAUGGAAAAAACCUGACAACCAGUUCCAAGGCAGAACUGAACCCCUCAGUCGCCUCCCAGGAAACAUCACUUUACUCCCUUUUUGAAGGGACCCCAUGGUCUCCAUCACUUCCUGCCAGUUCAGAUCACUCGACACCAGCCAGCCAGUCUCCUCAUUCCUCUAACCCAAGCAGCCUGCCCAGUUCUCCUCCAACGCAUAACCAUAAUUCUGCUCCAUUCUCUAAUUUUGGACCCAUUGGGACUCCAGAUAACAGGGAUAGGCGGCCUGCAGAUAGGUGGAAAACUGAUAAACCAGCCAUGGGUGGUUUUGGUGUUGAUUAUCUCUCAGCAACGUCAUCAUCUGAGAGCAGUUGGCAUCAGGCUAGCACUCCAAGUGGCCCCUGGACAGGCCACGGCCCCUCCGUGGAGGAUUCCUCUGCUGUCCUCAUGGAAAGCCUAAAGUCUAUCUGGUCCAGUUCCAUGAUGCAUCCUGGACCCUCCGCUCUCGAGCAGUUGUUAAUGCAGCAGAAGCAGAAACAGCAGCGGGGACAAGGUGCCAUGAAUCCUCCACACUGAGGCCACAGGAGCGACCCAGGGAAUGAAGGCUCCAUAAACCAUGGCAUGUUGGGUUUGCAGGACUGGCCCACACAGUCUCUGCAGGUGGCAGCCCUCUUGUCUGUUUCUUGCUGUCGAGAGGGUGUAAGUGUUCCACCAGCCCGCUGAGUGUGCACGAAAUGUUCGCAGUGCAACAAAAAGAACAAACCAUCAGGAACUCUGGUUCCCCCGGGGCUUUCCGGAGGGAGAGAGGGCUGCUGUUUGUCCCACUCGGUUACUGUAGCACGCCUCUCACCUUCUCCACCGCGCAUGUCCCCAACACGUGGGAAGUGGAAGCUGAGGAGGGAAGGCAGAUGGGAGAAGCCAAUAGGAACUUCUCAGUCCUUUUUCCCUCUUUGGGGAAUAAAAUAGGAAUCCAUUAUGAGUGCUUUGCUGACUGAGAAUGUAGUUGAAAUUAAUCUUAAACAUCUUUUAUUAAUACUCUCAGUAGCAAAAUAUCACACUGAAUUCUUCCAUACACAGGCGUAUUUCUAGUCAGUGUGGAGCAAAGACAGUCCCGUUUGCUGCUCCUGUGAGAGGUCGGUGGUGACAGGACAGGGAACUGACCUCUUAAGCCAGUGGGAGUGUUCCAUAGGGAGGGUACAAGGCCUCUUAGAAGGUUCUGGGAGAGGCCUUCCUCCAGCCUGGAAACUCCAGCAGGAAAUGCCCUUCACUCUGUAGGUGCUCGAGCCCCAAUCGAGGAUGCAGUGUGGGUAGUACUGCUGGCCUAGACCAGCAGAUGGCUGCUGUACGAUUUCAAAUUCAUGUGGUUGAUUCCUACACUUUGCAGUAGCAUAGCAAGCAGUCUCAGAAGGCAGGCUAGUCCAUUCAUGGCCUGGAAACCAUUUUAAUAGGUGGAUGCUUUCAGUGUGGUUCUUUUUGUUGAGUUGGUUUUUGUGUACCCAUCCUGCUUCCCAGCCUCUUGCAUCAGUCUCCACCCUUUAGCCAUAUGCUGUACCGUAGUCAUUGUUUUCUCCCUACUGUGUACAACAUCUCACCAAGAAACAGCAGCAUGGGGCCAGCACUUGGGGCCCAAUAAGCCGGUCUGAAGAGGAAGGAAGCGGCAAUGUGAGCAUCGCUGCAGAGGAGCCGGGCUCUGCCCAGUCACGGGCUCCUGGCCUUCACCUCGAGGAUGAAGUUGAAGGCCACAGGGACAGAUGCACACUGUGCACAGAAGAAAACACAACAAAUGCCACUUUGGAGAGGGCAAGAGAAAGGAAUAAACUCUAUUUGAUAUUUAUUAGGAGGAAAGAGGACUGAAAAUGUUCUGUGUAGGAACAGAAGAACGGACAGCAUUUCUGUUAGUCAUUUCCUGGAAAAGUAAUAUUUUAAUGGGAAAUUAUGGAAACAAUCUAAAUGUCCAUUUGCUGUGCUAGGGUAGGGAUUAUUUUCUGGGAGGUUGUGUGUGUGUGUGUGUGUGUGUGUGUGUGUCCCACACAUGGCUAUCUACUCUCCCAGAGGGCAAGGGCUAAGUGUGGGAAUUAGUGUGGAGCUUAGCUGAAGGACAGCUGUAGAGCAAAGCACAUCCAGGAGGCCCAGGUGUCACUGGGGUCUGGGCAGCCCCGAAAUGCGAUGGGGUAAGGUAUUGCUCAUUGCUCUUCAGAAAGAGUGCUUGAAGCCCCAGGCUUACUCUAUUGCUCUUUUAGUUUGACAUGGUAUUUGGGUUUCUUUUUGUUUUGUUUUGUUUUGUUUUUGAAAGGUCUGAAAGUGAAACCCUUCACUAAAUGGCAAAAGAAACUGUCUGCUGCUCCAGUCCUUCCCUGUGUCCAUCUUUGUCCUCUCCCUGUCCCUUCCCUGCUACCUUCACCCAGUUUGUGUAUGUAAGCUCUGCAUUCAGACAGCUGCAGCAUUCCGAGGUUGGAAAUGUCACUGAUUCUUGCACCUUAGACCAGCCAACAGGUUUACCAGUUCCCUCCCUGCAGUACCCACUUCCCAGCUAUAGCCCCAGUCUGCAUGAGAAUUUGGUGUUUGGAAUGUUUAUGACUCUCUUGGCGGGGUUCCUCGCCUUGCCAUCCUCACUGUGGGGUAAUGAAGAAGGGGAGGAGAAUCUUCAUCAACUGGUUUUGUGUAAUAAACUUUCGUGUUUUGUUUUGAUUUGAUUUGAUUUGGGGUUGUUUUUCCCCCCCGUCUGUCUGUCUGUGCAAGAUCUGCAGCUGCUGAAAUCAGCUUUGCCUUUAAUUAAACCGUGUUCUCUCCAACCAGAUCUGUGUGUAGAGGAUUUAUUCUACCUUAAAGGAUAAAGCAGUAAAAAUACAACUUAGAACUUCAACUGAUCACUUGUCAGCAAGAACCAAAGAUGGCCACAACUGGAUAGGCGUGGGGAUGGGUUUUGCUUUUCUUAGCAUCCAGUGACUUGUUCUAGAAAUGCUAGCUUAAAAUGUCUGCCAUAGCCAGAUAGUGGUGGUGCACGCCUUUAUCCCAGCACUCGGGAGGCAGAGGCGUGCUCUGGCCUGUAAAAGUCAUAGAAUCCGAUGAAAGCCAACAGUGACGGCUGUUACCCGUGGGGUGGUUUGUCCAGAGGUUCCAAGAGCAUGAUAAAUGUCCAUCUGAGAAGACAUAAAGGGCUAUCGUUCUAAGAGUUUCAUUCUCCUUGGGACUGGAUGUUGUACUUCAUGGGAACCUGAUUCAGUCUGCUUAAUAAGUUGUCUGUGUAUGCCUUCAGGAUUACAUAUAAAUUUGCUUUGAGCUUCUGGAACCCAAGCUAUUAAUAAAGAAUGUUUUUUCCACUGAACUGUUGGACUUGGACACUGGCUGUCCUGUUUUCCCAGCAGAAAGGUGUGCCCAUUGGUGUGUAGCUCUGGGAAUUCUGAAGUACAUUCACAUAGCCAACACAUACACCAACACACACACACAAACCUUCAUUUCCCUUCCAGAAAAUUUGUCUCCCCCUUCUCCAUCUGUAAGGAAACCUUCUGAGUUGUCAUAUUGCCAUGUGGCAGGUUCAGUUUUAAUAGGGAAAUGUUAAGUUAGUCUACAUUUACAAACUGGUGUGUCUGUGUGUGGCACAGCAGAGAUGGGUAUG